AUGGCACUCAUGGACACAGGAACGCUUGUGAUCGGUGAGUUGCGUGAUGACGAGGUUGAACGCGAAAAUACCGUUCGUGGCAUUCUUAGACACCUUAUCGUCAAUAUUCUCAUCGAUUUUGAGAAUACCCACCUCUAUUCCUCGAGACUUUUCACGGAAGAGGAUGAGGGACAAUUUGAAAAUAAGUGCGACCUAACCGCAGAUAUCUGUUCUAUUAUGGAGAUAAUGGCCACCAUUAGGAAUGUCAAGUUACUGCAGGUAACUUGGUUCAAACAACGGCAGCAGCUUCUUUUACGUGAAUCCUUAAGAGCAGGGUGUGUUACUCCACAGAGGGUUAGCAAUUUUAUCAUGAUAACAUGGGAGGAUAUGGUACAAGCAAGGAUUGAUGGCUCGGAGCUUGCUUUCAACUAUGAAGAGCCGCCUUGGAGGAUUGUACCAGGGAAGAAGCCACAUGAGUAUGGACAAGGCCUUGGUAGACAUCAUCUUGGAAAAUUAUAUCCCCUCAGUGUGGCUCUUGCUCAGAUGGCCUUGGACAAGGAGUGCACAACGACACAGAGGAGAGCUUCUACAAUCUAUGCGACAACAAUGGCCAACAGUGUGACACUAACAGGCAGAAGGAUAUACCCCCGUCCAGUACAGUCGUCUCCGGAUGAAAUAACCUAUACUUUGUUUGACAUAUACCCACACGUUUCAUUUCCUGUCAUUGGCCGCGUGCUGUACACACUAUCGCUCCACCUGUUUGAGAACGAUUAUCGGGAGUUGAGGCACAUACCAUAUCGCAGGAUUAUUCAGAGUUACAAUGGUCCUCAUAGGGUGACGAGCCAGCUUCUCGAGUCUACUGACUCUAGAUUGGAGGCAUUGGAAGGCAAAGUGAUCUCUGUCCAAUUACUAGACAAUAUCAGGCUUAAGCAGUCAAAUUACAUUAUAACUUGGCCAAGAAACAGUGGGUAUCUCGAUUAUGUCACCGAUGAUCGAGACAUGCGAUAUUGGCGACCAUAUGUUGGUCAGUCGUCAAAUGUUGAAAAGCGUAUCAAAGAACACAUUAAAGGGGCCGCAAGAAUGAUACCAGAUUCCCUACAUUACUUUGUGAUCCAUAAAGGUAAUGGAAUGAGGGCUAUGAAUUUUAUUCGGCUCUGGUCUUUCACAGAUCACGAGUGCUUUAACCAGGAAACGAAGAGUAUCUUUGCAAACAUCCUUGAGAUGGCCUUUGCAUUUGCUUUUCAGUCCUUACCCCCUAAUAUCCUCGAAAAGUAUUUCGGUCGCCUACAAGGAGCUUCGUAUUCUGGUCUUGGCUUGAAUGUUAUCGAGCCUCUAUUGCAAGGCAUCAGUCUGAGAUCCCAUAUCCGACAAAUCCUCAACGUCAAGCUCGGAUUGUCCCCUGAUCCUCAUAUUAGGAUGUGGCCGAGUUUUAGAGAGAGGACUAAAAGGGCGGAUGAAUCCGUUAGUAAAUGGCAUGGUGACCAGUUCCUAACGAAAUGGAAAGAUUACCAAGUGCUUUUUGACCUUGCCAUGAGGGAAGCUGAAAGACCUUGUCAGGUCGACUAUCGGUUCAAUGGCCGCCGCUCCAUGAACUACGCCGCAAUUGACUUCUUACCUAUCCAAUCAGAACUUGCUGAGGUUGUUUUAGGAACCACAGGGGAGCAAAUCCAUCUGAAGUAUCCUGUUGGUAAUCCGGAAGCACGGAUAGGGAUUAUACUACCCGGGUGCCCGAUGGGUAUUGGUCUUGAUGAGACAGAUAUACCAUGGGGUAUUCACGAAAGUGGCUUUAAUGAGACAAAUUGUAUUAUGUGGUAUGCGGACCCUCGCUUGCGCAGCUUCUCGCAUGCUUCACAAACCCAUGAUUGCCGGCUGGCAUUGGAAGCGUGCUUCUUGAAGUAUAACAGAGAUGUGAUACAGAACAGUAACCUAACUGUUAUAAUUUAUGAAGAAGUCGAAACAGAGAGAUUGAUUAUUCCUGCGCAAUCGACUUACAACUGCUUUGAAAUUACGCUGUACUGCGGAAGGCUUUCCGGGUUCUUCGAGGCAGAAGGGACUGAGAUUCGACGAGUCUAUCUGAAAGCCCCAACCUCCCUAACCACAUUAUGGGCUGACCCAGGGCCUAGAGUGCAGCUCCUCAUGGAAGCAUUCAAGCUUGCAGCAGCGUUAACUGGAACUCAAGGAAUCCGGCCUUAUUUCUGCAAUUCUGCAUCAGCAGUCCAUCAUAUCCUGCGAAUAUAUCAUGAGGAGAACAACGGUUCAGAUAGAAUGAAUUCUUCAAACAUUGAUCCCAUUAUUGAAUCUUUUCUUUUCAGGAAGGGAUUUCGAUGUGCUGAUGAUAUCCGUCAAUUGGAAGAUAUCGGCGGCACCUUGGCGCGCGGUUUAAUGUUGUUGCUCUUCACAUUGAGACGUAAAGCACAGCCUUCGAUCCAGCAGAGCCAGAGCCAAGUCCGGUCUGAUGCUCUUAAAAGGGCCAGUAUGCAGAAAGUGCAUAGAAGGGGUGUAUUAUCCAAGCAUGAACUCGAGGAAAUGGAACGAAUUUACACCCAGCUACGGCCCGGGGCCCCCUUGGAAUCCGGUAGCGAACAGAAACCAUUUGCCACCAUCCCGCUUAUCGAAGUAGUCAGUGAGUCCAUAGGCUCUGCUGAUGAAGUAGAGAUACAUGAUACAUUGGCCUUGGUGCAUAAGAAACAACAAGAAAUGAUCGCACAAUGUGAUACACUAGAAGAGCAAGAGAUUCUUGAGCUGGAGAUGGGUGACAUAGAAGCCGAUGAUAUCCUCAGCAAUAUUCUUCCAGUGUCAGAUACAGAGGAUAUGGAGCAGCAUCUUGUAGCUAAGGAGUCUGACCCAUGCGGAAUGGUGGUCAAUCCGGUAGUCUCUUUCACGAAGGCCUACACAGAUCGAAAGACAUACCAAAAACUUCGAGACAAAUCAAUCCUAGAGGGCAAGAUGUACGCUGGGUACUGGCAUAAGGAGAAAAAUCUCGUUGCAAUACGAGCUGGUCCCGAAAUAGCAGCCAUAAGUCUGGAGGUUCAUGCAAAAUCACGAGAUGAACUCCCUGCUAUGAUUAUGAUACAGGCAGUCAUUCAAUCUGGGAAGCGGCAUCCUGAGAAAUGGGCUAUAGACGCUCGGGAUAAUGACCCAGGAGCAAAGCUUGCAUUCCUUGCUGCCCUCCCCGGGGGUUCAGUCUUUCUCCGUACGGUUGGGGAAGGCUCUGCCCGAAAAGCGAAUACGUUUGUGGAUUGGUUAUCCGGAGAUUCCAUCGAGAUGAUAGGCAUGCGGCCGCGAAGACAUAUCAACGCGCACAAUGAUUUUAUUAUUAGACCACUCGGACUGCCUGGAAAGGGAACGUGGUACACAGAUGACGAAGCUUGUCUUGUGAAAGGCAGCUAG